AAACAGUGCUUCACUGUACCGGUUGGACACCAGGUCCCUUUUCCCCUCAUCCUGGAUCAAUCUUUUUCCUUCUCUCUUUUCUCCACCUCUAUCAUCCAGCUGGCUCUCUCUGCUUGUUCCAGAUCCCCUUCUACCAAACACGCUCUCAUCUCUCUCUCUCUGUUGCUAAUUUUUCCCCGUCGCCCCACUCUCAGUCGGCAUGGUGAACAGAGAACUGCUAAGCUGUUGAACAUGGGCUCCUGCCUCUGCAAAGGUCACCAAGAGCUGCAAAGUGGCCAGCAACACCCCAUGGAAGAGCUUCACUCAUACGCUGAAGGACAGCCCAUCUUUAAGGGUAACCAUCAGCCCUACAAUGGCAGCAUGUCAGAUAAAAGGAGCAGCAGUGGGUAUGACAUUGGAGAAUUGGCUACAUCUUCCCUGCUGGGACUGCUGGCCACUAUUAAAGACCACAUCACUAAGCCCACUGCGAUGGCCCAGGGCCGAGUCGCCCACCUGAUUGAGUGGAAGAGUUGGGGAGGGGAAGCGACGUCUGGAGGAGGCUGGUGUGGCUGGACGAGAGAUGGUGGAGGAAGGGGAAGUGUGGGAGCCGCGCUCCAGGAGGACGAGCAGCUCUACUCUCACCUCACUGAUGAAAUCAAAGAAGCACGAUUUGCUGCGGGUGUGGCGGAGCAGUUUGCUCUGGCUGAGGCAGCGAUGAAUGCCUGGUCAUCCCAGGAUGUUGAAAAUAAAGCUAUAGGCAGUACAAUUCCAGUACAAGACCCCGAGGGCCUCUAUCUUUCUCAGUUCCUGUUGGAUGGAGGGAGUCUGGGUGUUCCUCGGCACCUGUACAGAAUGCACAUGGAAGCUGAUGACACCAGCUCUCUGGCACCUUCUCAUCCUCCUCAUUCUCAUUCCCCCAGUCAUUCUCAUUCUCCGCUGGACACACAACAUCCACCGCAGGAGCAGAGGAUCUCGCCGAUGGAAGGGUCCGUGCGACACGCAGACAGCAUCUCCAUGUCAGAGGAUGAGGUUUUUUAUAAUUGAAAUUUUGAUGAUGACAGUGGAAGGAAAAAAGAAAAGGUUUUUAAUUUGUUCUUUGUGUUCGCUG